AUGGCGGGAGCUGCUGAUGUGGCGCAGUCGCGGCGGCGGCGUCGCCCUAUUCAGUCCGCCGCUGAGGGCAGGGGCCAGUAUGCCCGCGGGAAGUCGCGGGUGGCCACGCGGCUGCUUCGGGCGUUCGCUGAGGUCCAGUGCCCUCGCGGCAAGAACCUGUCAGGCCUAGCCUUGGCGCUCCACACCGAGGACGUCUCGCCCUCGGCCCCCGAGGCGCCCGGCGACGCCGAGGACGCCCUCCUUCGAGGCGCGGCCUCUGCGGCGGCCGAGGCCGAGCGUGUCGUCCGACGCACCGGUGCCAUCGCAACGGCUGUGGAGCAUGCGCGGACGGUCGUUGCCAGCGCGACCUGCACGAGGGCCUCACGGCUUGUGGCGAUCUUCCUGGUGAUCUUCCUGAGGGCGCACCUGACGGAAGCGACCCCCCGCGGUGCUGCGGCCGCCGGUGCCCGCAGCGCCUCGCCGCCGCUGGCCCGCCCGGGCGGCGGCCGGCAGGAACGGGCGCGCCCGCCCCGAGCGUUGCGCGUCGCCUCGGGGCUCGGGCACAGAGCCGCGGUGGCCGCGGUGCCUGCGCUGGGCGCGCCGGCGCGGGCAGAGCUGCUGCGCACAGGCAGCAUGGGGGCGUACUUGUCCGAGCCGGUCACCGAGAAGGAGUGCGGCUGCGGGAGCGGCAAUGGCCUCCACUUCGGGUACGCCAGCAUGCAGGGCUGGCGCAGGUCGCAGGAGGACGCCCACCUCGCGGUGGCAGACCUCGGCGGCGAGUGCGCGGGGUUGUCCCUCUUCGCCGUGUUCGACGGGCACGGCGGCAGGGAGGUCCCGCCCUCUGGCGGAGCAGCCGUCGUCUGCGGCGCCGUCUGGGGGAGUGAGCAGCGACAGAAAGCCAAAAGCUCGGAGGUCUGCGCGGACUCCUCGGAUCCGCGCUGGGGCCCCCUGGCGGCGCCUCCGUCGCCGCCCCUGACGUGCUCCGCGCGCCAGGGGUGGUGGUCCAGCGCCGAUCCGAGAAAUCGGCGCGGACCUCCGAGGUUUCGUGUUCGUGCCAUUGUUUGGUUCUCUGUCGUCGUGGUCGUCCUCCUCGGUCGGGGGC